CGAAGUUAUAGAGGCAGUCGGGCAGCGAGACUGCGGGAGAGACAGUCCGCUCAGCGAUCUCACACUGCAAGCAGCGAGCUCCGUGCUAAGGAUACUGACUAAGCCUGCUGCCCUCACAUCUGCUAUGGUCUGGCUUUGGCAACAGUUCCGUAGGUCAAGAUAACUUUUGGGGAACGGAUUAUACGUUGUUUUUUUUUUUUUAAGGAAAACAUUUUAUCAGUCUUAAUUUUUUUGUGGUGGGAUUUUCUUGGUGUGAGCAAGGAUGAGGACAGCAGAGGACUCGUCUGGAACAGUUCUGCAUCGCCUGAUUCAGGAGCAGCUCAGAUAUGGCAAUCUCAGCGAGAACCGCACAUUAUUAGCCAUCCAGCAACAGGCUUUGCGAGGUGGAGGUGGCAAUGGUAGUCCCAGGUCAUCUAUUGAGAGCCUUGAACAAGAGGAAAUGCAAAUGGCUCCUUCAGCAAGGCAAGAACCACAAGGUCAGGAACAUCACACUGACCAUUUCUACUUGGAAAACCCCAUGUACAAAGCGCAUGAACUUCAACAUAAGGGCGAGGAGCUUCCAACUUAUGAAGAAGCCAAGGCUGCUCUUUCUCAGUACUAUGCAGCUCAGAACAGCCAGCAGUUGGAGCAUGGUGCUCACCGACAGGACCAGUCACUCAAGGAGCUUAAGCAUGGUCACGUUAGGUCUUUGAGUGAGCGUCUGCUGCAGAUGUCUCUGGAACGUAAUGGUGCCAAGCCGCAAAACCUCAUGAGCUCCUCUCAUAGCUUCCCUCAGCUCUCGAGGCACUACCAGCUAUCAGUAGCGCAUGGCCAAUAUGAUGGCGUUAACUAUAGAUCAGCUCCUCCUGAGUACCCAAACUACAGCCAUCCUGAACAGAAUGUUAAUGGGUACGUUCCAGAACAAAGGCACUAUUCUGAGAAUCUUCCUCUGUACCACCAGUCCGACAUCCGGCCAAUGCAGGAUCAGAACCUCAACUAUGGUCCCAUGACAUCGUAUAAUAGAGCUGAAACACAUAUGGCUCAGAUGGAUGCUCUUCUGCGAGAAAACGAAAAGUUACGAAGGGAGCUUGAGAGUUACAGCGAGAAAGCUGUCAAAAUCCAGAAGUUGGAAACAGAAAUCCAACGCAUCUCUGAAGCCUAUGAAAGUCUCAUGAAGGCAUCGUGCAAGCGCGAGUCCCUUGAGAGCGCCAUGAGGACCAAAAUGGAAGGAGAGAUGAGAAGAAUGCAGGACUUCAACCGGGAUCUAAGAGAGCGGUUAGAGUCGGCUAACAAACAGUUGGCGCUUAAGAGUUUAGAGCAAAGAGAAGACAGCCAAGGAGCCGUAUCUAAGCUGAUCGCUCAAUGUCGUGAACAACAACAGCAGAGGGAGAAACUAGAAAGAGAGGUCAGCCUUCUGCGCAGUGCCAAUGAGGACCAGCGUCGAAGAGCAGAGCUGCUCGAACAAGCUCUGAGCAACGCACAGGCAAGAGCAGCGCGCAACGAAGAUGAGCUAAGGAAGAAACGGGCAUAUGUGGAAAAGGUGGAGAGGUUACAACAAGCUUUAAGUCAACUCCAGGCUGCCUGUGAGAAGAGGGAGCAACUUGAGCUCCGUCUACGAACACGACUGGAGCAGGAACUGAAGAUAUUAAGGUCUCAGCAGAGGCAACCAAUGGCACAGAGUGGAAACCUUUCCCCAGAACUCUCUGUCUCCGUACUCUCUGAACAGCUGCGGGAGAAGGAAGAGCGGAUACUGGCUCUUGAGGCCGACAUGACCAAGUGGGAACAGAAGUAUCUUGAGGAACGCACUAUGCGCCAGUUCGCAAUGGAUGCAGCCGCUACUGCUGCUGCCCAACGUGACACAACGAUCAUCAACCACUCACCUCGUCACUCACCAAACAAUAGUUUCAAUGAGGACUUACUGAUGGUCAGCCACAGGCACCAAGAGAUGGAAAAUAGAAUCAAAGCUCUCCAUGCUCAAAUAUUGGAGAAAGAUGCAGUGAUCAAGGUUCUACAGCAAAGGAAACCUCACCAAGGCCCUCUCCGACCUGCCAAAUCUGUUCCUUCUAUUUUCACGCUUUCCACGAUAAGCCAAAAUCCAGCCUCAACUGAACAAGCAACCAACACCACCACCACCGCUGGUACAACUACCUUUAAAUCAAAUGAACAGUUAUCCUGCGUGGCCCUUGUGCCUGUUCACUCCAAACACGGGAGUAAAGAUGGGUGCACCCAAACAGAGUGCGGAGCACAGCAAACAACGUUACCCGAAAACCUUGGUGAAAGAAACACAGCACCUUCAAUCGAAACAUCAAGCAUAAAUUCCAACAUUUCGGAAAUGGUAGAGAUUCUUAUCUAAGUUUCCACUCACUGGAUUAUUGUCCAAAGCAGAAGGUUUUGAUUUUUUUUUUUUGCUCAACUGGCGAAUUUGACAUAGCUGUGGUUGAAAUAAUGGCUACAAGCAAAGAAUCCAGUCCUUAUGCAGCAAUGUGUUUUUGAGCUGGAGAUAGACAUUCGGAGCUGCGAUUUGCGGCAUCGAGGGGCUGAAAUAGUAUUGUCCACCGGCCUGGACUUUGACUGAGAAGCUCUUGUUUAAGACCAUCAAGCACAUGGGACAGCUGAUACCCAAAUUCAGCUCGCCUUUUAUUCAGGUCUACCCAUAACCGAUAUGGAAGCAGGAAGUACUUUAAUAUUUGAUUUGGAACGUCAGACGCCCCUUCCUUUUGCUGCUAAAUAAAAACUGCAAAGAAAAACGUGUGGAAGAGGUUAAAAGUUACCAGAUGCAUGUCCCAAGUAUUUUUCUUGUAAAUAUUUCUGUGUUCAUUUUUAUAAUUCUGUGUCUCCGUAUUUAUGUAGCUGAGAUAUAUCCAGACUUUCCUGUCGAUAAUGGUUAAGUCUCACAAGGGCAUUUGUACAUUACAGGCCCUUUGGCUGCCUCGUGUAUUAAGCUCUUAGAGUUUUUCAUGUCUUAGUGAAAGUUCGGUAUUUCCUGAGAGCCAUAUCAGUAGAAAAAGGAAAAAAAAAAAAAAAAAAAAAAGAACCGAAUAUUCGAUUGCAACUCCCACCCAAACAUUGUUAUUUUGUAUUUAUUUUAUAUUCUCUCCUUUUUGCUCUUCACGCUCUUAUUUAGCUGCUGUUGCAGGUCAACGGCGGUUACAUCUUCAAAUGGAUACUUGUACGUUGUUUACAAAAUUUAAAUCAACUAAAUAUUGCAUUACGUUAAUACAAAAAACUUUUUUUUUUUAAAAAAAAAACAAGAAAAAACGUUCCUUGUUUCCCUAAUCCUAAUCAUGACAGAGGGGUUUGUGGUGUCUUCCCUCUGACAAAUGAAAGGGUUACAAAUAUAAUAUAUAUUUUUGGUAUUUUUAUUUCUACAUCUCUGCGCUGUGAAAGUCUGAGUUGUAUUCCAAAGAUGUAUGAAUCUGAUUUUUUUUUUUUUUUGUGAGUGAAUUUAAGUUAUCGAAAGUAUUUAAAAAAUGUAAGCGUGGCUGUUUUUAUUAAUAUUAUUCUGCUAUAUUAUAUGCUGCCUGGAUGCCACCUGGUCCUGCUGUUGCAGUCCAGACUGUUGUUAUUUUAAAUACAAAAAUAAAUUUGAGAUAAAAAUA